UGUACCAAGUAGUACUCAGUAUUUCUGUUUCUCCCCUUACCUCGUCUUCCUCGUUUCGACACCGAAGGCGACGAGCGAAAAAACAGGGAAAAAAAUUAAUAAAUCUGAACCGGAGGGAGGGGGAAAAAAACGCGAAAUACCCUAGGCGGAGCAGCGAUCGGCGGGGAUCGCCACCGCGGCGGCCGAUGUGAGAUGCUGCUGGACGCGGCGAGGCGGAGUGGGAGGGAGGAGGAGGUGGCGCGGCGGCGCAGGGGGAUGGGGUACGAGGAGGGGGAGCUGGAGCUCGAGGAGGGCGAGGCGGCCUACGGCGGCUGCGGCGGCGAGUACGGGUACGGCGGCUGCGGCAGCGGGUACGGGUACGGCGGCGGCGAGCUCGUUGAUCCCGACGCGCUCACCUACAUCGAUGUAAGACUUCAAAAUUUGUUGGGUUGUUUCCAGAAGAAAUUUGAAGGCGAAAUAUCUGCUGAGCACUUGGGGUCACAGUAUGGGUCCUAUGGUUCGUUCUUGCCAACAUACCUGCAUUCCCCUUUGGUCUUAUCUCAAUCUAGAAGCUCUGCAGUUCCACUGAACCAUGGCAGUGCCUCUAGAUCACCAUAUGUGCCAACGGAGACUGCACAAAAGAAUCAUUUUGUCAAGACUGCAUUAGAUAGCAGCAGGAAAAAUGAUCACUGUCGGAUAUCCAAUGAGAGCAAUGGUAAUCCCUCUCAACAGAUGUUGAAUAGAGGAGUCGAUGGUCCUAAGCAGAAGGCACCAAAAAUACGUAUCAAGGUAAAUAUCAAUAGAAGUUUGGCAAGAAAUACUGCUGCUAUAUACAGUGGCCUGGGCCUCGACAUUUCCCCUUCAUCAUCUAUGGAAGGCAGCCUAGAUGGGAGCGCUGGGGCUCCAGUGGCCGAAGUUUUACCUGAUGAAUCUCCAAGUACCAUUUUCCAGAUUAUGGCCUGCCAUUCUGUACCUGGAGGACUCUUGCUUUCACCCCUUGCAGGAAAUGUUUUAGAACUGAGAGAAAAGCCAAAAGCUAUAAUAGAAAAACAUGAAGCACCUGAACUUCAGGAUGACAAAGCAGAAUUGCGCAGAGAAUGGGGCUAUACAACCUCUGCUACUCUUGAUAACAAAAAUCAGAUGGCGAAGGAAAUUAAGUCUGAUGAAAAGAAAGGCAACAUUCCUGUUUUCAAUAGUUCAAAAUGCAGAUUUAGCAAUCCAUCAGCUGUGAAUACGGGAAUAAAGCCUCAAUUACAGGAUAUUUCAGAUGAUACAGGUUCAAUCUUCUUACCUAGAAUCAUAAAGACAGAACAUUCAGUUGAGGAGUCGGCGAAAUUUAUGAGUGAGAAUUCAGAUCAACUGAAGGAAACAAAGGAUGAUACAUUGAAAGGACACAUUAGUAACAAGAACAAGGAAAUUAAGAAAGAACCUUCACUUGAUCAUGGAUUUUCGGUUAAAUCCAAAUAUGAUUCUGAUGAGUACAACAGUCAACCCUGUGCCAGCUCAAGUCACCUGCAAAACAUUCCUAAUAAAACUACAUCGCUUGAGAGAGACAAAGGACAAGUGGUGCAUGUAAAAGAUGAACUAUCUGAGUACAAAAGCAAGGUAAUGGGAAGCCUGCUUAGUGCAGAAUCCAUGUAUAUCAUCACAGAAAAUGUAGAUAGAAAUUCUUCUGGAAUGAUAAAAGUCAACAAGAAGAAAACUUCCUCUUCGCAAGCUGCCCUGUCUAGGAAGAAGGUCAAGGUCAAAGCACAUAAACAGUUGAAUGAUGACAUAACUAGAAAAUCUUAUGGUGAAGAUGAGAGUUAUUCUUUGGAUCAUAGAAUUGAUUUGACUAGUUUAUAUCCCAAGGAUAAGAAAAUGAAGCACGAGAAAGAGACCAUUACAUCUGGGGAGACUGGUAACAAGUCAGGUGGUGGAAAUGAUGUUGAGCACAAGAUCUAUCCAUUGUUUGUUGACAGAUCAGAUCCUAUGCCAUCAGCAUGCAAGAAUGGUACUGCAGAAUUGACUGCUCCAGAACCUGUUGUAAUAAAUGAACAAUGGGUGUGCUGUGAUAAGUGUGAGAAAUGGCGUCUUUUACCCUAUGGGAUGAAUCCAGAUAUACUUCCCAAAAAAUGGCGGUGUAGCAUGCAGAGCUGGCUGCCUGGAAUGAGUAGUUGCAAAAUAAGUGAAGAUGAAACCACAAGAGCUCUUCGCACGCUUUAUAUGGUUCCUGCACCUGAAAAUAGCAUUCUAGAUGGUCCUCAUGAUAAUGCUACAUCAGGCAUAGGCACAACUACUGCUCCAACUUUUGAGGGCAAUAUACAGUCCACCGGUACAUCAGGGAAGCUGAAAGGUUCCCAUGAUGGAGCUAAUGCGACAAAUAAUUUAGACUUAGCUGGUAUGUCAAAGCCCUCAAAGAAGUUACAUGCUCAUUCAAGUAGAAGACCUGAUGGUGUUGACUGCUUCCCUAAACUCAAGGAAAGACGGAAGCACAUAGAAUCCUCAGAUAAAGGAGAAAAUGUUGCGAAAGACCGGACACAUCCAAUGAAGAGCAGUGUAGGGGUUGAUCAUGAUAACUUGAGACCAUCAAAGAAAAUAAAGAAAGAAUCCAAUGAGCCUGCCAAGCAUCGUCCCCCUGAAUUUGUUAUAAGCAAAAAUAGUCCUUCAGCCAAUGAAACUCCCAACAACAUGCAUAAGAAUAUUAGUAUUUCACCUGGCAUGGGAAAGUAUGGUUCGCCUUCAUCAGGUAAGCGUUUUCAUAGUGAAGAUAUAUGUUUCUCAGAUGGGGUCGUUAAAACGUCAGAUGCAGGAAAAUCUGAUCUUCCUGACUUAUCCAUUAAGAAGAAAAAAUUCAAACAAAGGCAGUUAAGCCAGCGUGAUCCUGACCCUAGCGAUACUGCCGCAAAGUAUAUUACAAAACGAACUUUAAGUGAAAGUAAUGUUGUGAAGGAAAAGCCCAGGCCAGAGCUGAAGUUGUCAAAGACAGAUAGGAUAGCUGAGCAUGCCAGAGGCACAGUCGCUGGAGUUGAUGACCACAUAUAUGCUGAGAAAGAGUGUUUAAGUGAGCAGCAUCAAGAGAAUAGCCAUUGCCAGUAUCCAUUGCUCUCUGAAAGCUCCACCAGGAGGAAUGUCUGUCAUACACAAACAUCUACGGCUGCCACUUCCAGUUCAUCUAAGGUAUCUAACUCCCACAAGAGUAAAACUGAUUUUCAGGAAACAAGGGCUUCUCCUGUAGAGUCAGUUUCUUCUUCGCCCUUGAGAACAUCUGAUAAGAAUCCUUUGGAUCAACAUAGAAGGUAUUCAUGGGCAGUUGCAGAUAAGAGAAAAUAUGAUUUUGGGUCUGAUUCUGAGCAAGCCAAGGCUCGUGUUUCUGGUUGCUUUAAUGGAGACACGAAUCAUCAUGUUCUGAAGGAUGAGGACGUCCUGAAAGAUAAACAAGACUUGACAAAUGCAUGCCUUAAAAAUGAAGAUUCUGGACUCUGCAUUAAGAAUGGACAGUUGAAUCUAGUGACGGAACAAAAAGUUGAUUCAGAUGCCCUUUCAUUACAUGACAACCAGGGUCACAAGCAUCUAUCAUCCCAUCAAAAUGUGAAAACAGCACCUCAUUUCAAUUCAAACCAAAGUGACCAUGCAAACUUGACUUGUGGGAAUGUUAAGUCCGAUAAAGGGAAUAUACAAUCUAAGGACCUGAAAAUAAAUCCAUCUUCAGUCAAAGGAAGCAAUCAGCAUCCAUCAUUCAACAAUGCAUCAAAUGGUGAUGCCUCCUAUAAGGCAAAACAAUUAGAAAAGGCUGUUAUCGAAAAUUUGGUAACUAGGAAGCAAGCAACUCAUAGUGGUGAUGCUUCAAAUCCAAUAAAUGCAUCUGUUCUACUGAAGGAAGCUCGGGAUUUGAAGCACUUGUCUAAACGUCUGAAGGAAAAAGGGGAUGACUUUGAGAGUACAAGCAUGUGUUUUGAGGCAGCACUGAAAUUUCUCCAUGUUGCUUCACUUUGUGAGGCUCCAAAUAUUGAUAGCUCCAAACAAGUGGAUACAAUACAAGCUAUGAAACUAUAUUCUGAAACAGGAAACCUUUGCGGAUUUUGUGCUCAUGAAUUUGAGCGACUUAAGAAAAUGGCAAAUGCUGCUUUGGCAUAUAAAUGUGUGGAAGUGGCAUAUAUGAAGGCUGCCUUCUUUAUACAUCCUGGUGCAGUUAAAGAUAGGCAUGCAUUGCAGACAGCAUCUUUGAUGGUCCCUCCAGCUGAGUCACCAUCAUCUUCUGCUUCAGAUGUUGAUAACUUAAAUAACCAGAGCACAGUUGCUAAGGCUGUUUCUGCAAGAGGUGUAUACUCUCAGAUUGCUAGCAAUCCCAUAUCUCGUAACAAUCAUCACUUGAUGGGAUUGCUUGCUUAUGCAGAGGACAUAAAUAAUGCAUUUGAGGGAACCAGAAAAUCACAAAAUUUAUUGUCUGCUUAUCUUUCUGGUAUUGGAAAGGAUCAGGUUGAUGGUGUUGCUCUUUUAAGGGAAGUACUUGAUUUUAGUUUCCAUAAUGUGAAGGGGUUGCUGCAAUUGAUUCGUAACUCGUUGGAGUAUAUCAAUCAUGAAAGUGUUAAGUAAUAGAACAUCAAACAUUUUCCUGUGAAUAAAGAUAUAUGAUUGCAAGGUUGCUUUGGCAUUUCUGCUAACACGGUACCCCCAAGAUGGGAGUAGAGUUGAAUCGAGGUCAGCCAGUAAACUAUUGAGAAUGAAGGGGAAUUCACAGUGGCAUUUGUGUUGCCUGGAAGUAUUUUAAUUAUGGGUGAUCGUUUUGACCAGUGCCAAACUGUCAAAAUGGGAUUUUUACCAAGUCACACUGCCAUUUUUGUCACCUGGAAGUAUUUCUUGAGGAUGAUCAUUUCGACUAUGCUAAACCGCAUAAUGGAAAUUUUACCAAGAGUUAGCCUGUGGAUGUAAAUUGCUACAUGCAACAUUCUCAGUUUGGAUGUCUGAUGAGUAACCGAAUCCAAGUUUUGACAUGGACCUAAUCGUUAUCUGUUGUAUCGUUGGAGGGUGUACAAUCUCUUAUUUUUCUUUUUCCUUGGCGCCAACAUAAGCUUAAGCCAGAAAUCUGGUUCUAAAUUCUCCCCACCUUCUACUGGUCUCUCGAUGAAGGUUCCAAUAGG